AUCGCGAAUGUGGAGGUGUGCGACGCCGAGGACGACCUGGGACCGUUACGAGUCUUUUCGAGACCAGUUUCGUUCGAACAACCGUCCGCGUACCUUGAGACCACCGCAAAAACCGACGACGAAUCCCCAGACGGAGUCCCCGGUUGGAAAAUCGAUUCCUGGGAAAGAGACGGUGUGAAGUAUCUCUGCUUAAGCUUUUUCGUUUUAUCCCUUUUUUGCUCUGGACGUUUGAAUCGCUCCGGUGUGGUCCCAGGAUUGAAUAUCAGUUGUUCAUCUCUCGAGCCUUUAGCGAUACACCCCGGAUCAAUUUCCGCGGGCUGGUGGUAUGCCAGAGAGCAUAGCGAAUUUCGUUACCCCUUGCAAGGUGCACGUUUGAAGAGGCGGGGAUUAUUCCGAAGCCGGCAAGAAGAAAUCGAAUUUCACGAUGAAGGCGUUGUGGUGCAGUCUGAUGGCAGUUCUGAUUAUUCGACAGGUCACCGGCGGAAUCGUUAGGAAGCCGCCGGCCUUUGCAGCACCGAUGUACUCGGACUCGUACCUUCCCGCUUGCAUGCAGGUAAUUUUCCAUGCGGUCGAACAAUUGAAGCUCCACUCGCACGAAAGGCUGCCACUGGUACCAUUAACAGUUAGACCCUCGAUGACGACUCAAUCGAUGAAGCAUCAACCGCAGUUGACGACGCCUGUAGGGAGCUCCGCGAUUUCCACCGCUGCAACCGCGGUGAUGCACAGCGACCCGACGGCAGUUCCCGAACUGCCUUCAACUUCGCAUGCGGUGAGUAAGGUAUCGAGUGACGGACCGUCCGACAACCUGACGGAGGCCGCCAAAUACGUGGAGACUUCGACCGCGACCGUUUCGACUUCGUCCGAUCACGAAGAGUCGCCGGAGGUAAACGAAGAGAUCGCCGAGACGAACUACGCCACGCCGGAAAUGAAUCACGAGUCGCCGGAACCUGUACAGGAGACCCAGGAGCCAAACCAAGAGAUCCCGGAGGUAAACGAGGAGGAUAAGAAUUACUCGUCGAUCGAGAAUUCUUCCACCCAGUCGGUCCAAAGCGACAGUUCACCGGAUGACGGUGCGUCGUCACAACAGUCGACGCAGGCGACCGUCUCGGAGACGUCGGAAGAUCCGGGAAGGAAGGAACUGACCAUCGACAGCAUCGUGGACGAAAUUUACGAGAUCGUGAUGCCAACGAGCUCCCCGUUAAUCGAGGAUACAAACUUCACCGACGAGUCGAAGGGCACGACGGACAUGUCGAUCGAGAAAACGGAGAACAUUGAGGACGCGGAGGAAGAGACGAGAUUCACCUUACUGGGCGAGAAAGUGACUCAAGUGCCGAGGCCAAGUUUGAGCAGUUAUUUGAGACGCCGUUACAAAGCACCUAUCUCUCCUUCUAUCCAGCAAUUGGCGGAUCUGUACGACGCUUUGAGCAAGGAUGCGCGGAAACAAGGAUUCGCACGUUACACCGGCUAUUCUGAUGAGGUCCUGAAGGUUUUGCAGUCGUCCGUCGAGGGUGGUGUUGGGCCGCAGCUGAAGACGCUGUUAGAUAAAGUGAUCGAACGGAACGAACUUACCAGAGACGACGCGAAAUCGAAGGCGGCAGAGGUGCGACGAGAUCUCGAUGAUCAUGGGAGUGUGCUCAACAAGAAUCUCAAACACAUAUUACCUCUACGUUAUACAGCUUAAUUCCUCGAAAAACGGCUUGCGUGUUGUCUUGUAAUUUCUCUUUUCGAAUAAAAACGGAAAAUUUUUACA